AAUACUUCUUGCAAUGAGCUGCCAGACCUCGUGACAGCAGAAGUUCAUCUGGAGUGUGGAGAAAUGUUCUAGCGCAUGGACCGAGUAUCACAAUGGCAACGGAGACCGAAUGCGUACUGCGUUGAGUUUUCCGUGAGAACAGCACGACACUGCAGACGGAAGGUGGGCAGCGCCUACGUACACGCGAGGUCCUUCCAUCUUAUCCACAGCCCGGGUCUCGCAAUGUGGCCGGCCUGCUCGACUUGGGCAAUUGUUCAACCCCAGUCGCUGCGGCAGUAGACCACGUAAAGGGGAAGCGGUAGAGCAGGGGUCAGCGGAUGUCGCCGUACUCUGAGUCAGGGCCAGGUUUCAUCGUUGCACGUGAGAGAGGGGCAUCGGCGGAUCACACGGAACUGCGUUCCAGUAAAUCAUUAGGUAAUGCGAGCCCAUUGUUUGUCAAGAAAUUGAAGGUUUUACGGUCGUUACCGCAAGCCGAAAAGCGCAGCUUAGAGGAUCUUGGGCUGAAGACAUCGAGACGCGAAGGACAUCACGAGUAGAAAGUAGGAUACUGGCAGUGAGUCAAAGUGGAGAUGGAUGUGGGAAGACAGGUGGAGAAGCGGCCGGGGGAGGAAGUCAAAAAUGCCGCAGUCAAUUUGGCCUCAUCGGGAAACAAUGCAGUGGUGUCCAGUGAUCGACCUCCACUUCUUCCACUGAACAACGAUGCCUCCUCGGAAGAGCGUCGAAACAGGGAUGGGGAAGACAAAGAACGUCGCACCAGAGAAGCUGAAGAACGCGAGCGACAAAGCAAAGAACAACGAGCUGGAUUUCAUCCCCUACAGCAUAGGUUUGUUUUCUGGUACACUCGGCGGACACCGGGAGUACGUUCUCAAACAUCAUACGAGGACAGUAUGAAAAGAAUUGCCGAGUUCAGUACGGCUGAAGGGUUCUGGAGUUGUUACUGCCAUUUAGCUCGCGCCUCUACGCUGCCGAAUCCCACUGACUUCCAUCUAUUUAAGGAGGGGAUACGACCAUUGUGGGAGGAUGCUGCUAACCGAUCUGGGGGGAAAUGGAUUAUACGAUUCAAGAAAUUGGUCUCAGGAAGAUUUUGGGAAGAUUUGGUACUGGCCAUUAUAGGGGACCAGUUAGAGUACGGUGAUUCUGUAUGUGGUGCUGUUCUGAGCAUUCGUUAUGGAGAAGACAUCCUCAGCGUGUGGAAUAAGAACGCGGGAAAUAAUCAGGCUGUUAUGGCUUUAAGAGAUUCAAUCAAGAGACAUUUGCAUCUCCCCGUCAGCUAUUUGAUGGAAUACAAACCACACGACGCGUCCUUACGUGACAACUCCUCUUUCAGAAACACGUGGUUGAGGGGUUGAUACUAAUCAUGUACCAUGCAGUGAAGAGGGGCAAACGUAGUCUGAGAGUUUCCUAGAGUUUGUUCAGUUCUAGUUAACACCGGUGGUUCUUCUACAAUGCUCUUCGUAGUUCAGUGUACUCUAUACCGCAAGUCUUGAAGCAAAGUGUACUCCGUGAAGCUGUGCUGAAGAUAUCGGGAGCGUUACGCAUAGUUCCAGCACUUAAGCUCCUUUUCAUCUUUGAAAUCAAGUCUGCGAGAGAUACAUUCUGUAGGAACAGGAUUGUUUACAGCCAUAUUUCUAAUGAAAGUGGUUCAUUUUGGGUGCGCAUUCUCAGCUUUGAAACUGGGCCAUGAGCAUGGUUUUGUACUUCGCAACAUCAUUCCGAGGAAUUGAGUCUAUGUUUGCA